AUGUCUGACCCUACUCGAGUCGCAUCUAUUGAUAUCAAUAAAUUACCAACUAAUCCAGAUGUUUCUCCAAUGACUAAAGAACAAACUGAAAACAGUUUUUGGUCCUCAAAUCCAAUUUCAAGUUUCAUUAUUGACACCUACAGACAAUUGAAUGACCAUAGAAAAUCCCUUGGUUUGGUUAAUCCUGGUACUGUCGAAAAUUUAAAUAAAGAAGUCUCUCGUGACGUUUUCUUACAACAAUAUUUCUUCACAGGGUUAAGAGCUGAUUUAAAUAAGGCUUUCUCCCUAAACCCUGCAUUUCAAACCUCUCAUACUUUCUCAAUUGGUUCUCAAUCUUUACCAAGUUAUGCCUUUUCUGCUUUGUUUGCUAAUGAUAAUCUUUUUGCUCAGGGUAACAUAGAUAAUGACUACUCUUUAUCUGGUAGAUUAAAUUAUGGUUGGAAUAAGAAUAACAUUUCAAAGAUGAAUCUACAAAUCGCUAAUGGUCAACCUUCAAUGUGUCAAUUGGAACAAGAUUAUCAAGGCUCAGAUUAUUCUUUGAAUUUUAAAACUUUAAACCCAUCCUUUAACAUCAACAACAAGAAUGGUAACAUCGAAUUCUCCGGUGUCGCCGUGGCAUCCCUAUUACAAAGUGUCACGCGCAAUUUUUCCCUUGGUUUGGAAGUUCUUUACUCAAAGGUUCAACCUUCUUCACCACCUGACGCAGGUGUUUCAUAUUUGACUCGUUAUGUCUCCUCUAAGCAAGAUUGGAUCUUCUCUGGUCAAUUACAAGCUAAUGGCUCCUUGAUUGCCUCCUUUUGGAAAAAAGUCAGUCCUAACGUAGAAGCUGCUAUUGAAACAACAUUACAAGCCUCUAUGUUACCCAUCAAUGAUCCAAUGACUGGUACUCCGAUUGGUAUCCAACCAACUGUCGAAGGUUUCACCACUAUUGGUGCAAAAUAUGAAUACAGACAAUCUAUUUACCGUGGUACUAUAGAUUCUAAUGGUAAAGUAGCUUGUUUCUUAGAAAGAAAAGUUUUACCAACAUUAUCUAUUCUCUUCUGUGGUGAAAUUGAUCAUUUGAAGAACGAAAAUAAAGUGGGUUGUGGUUUGCAAUUCGAAACUGCUGGUAACCAAGAAUUGUUAAUGAUGCAACAAGGUUUGGAUGCUGAUGGUAACCCAUUACAAGCCCCAGUUCAAUAA